AUGGGAGUUGGCAAGAAGCCUCCAGUCGCAUUGGAUGAGAAUGCCCUGUCUUUGGUCACUUGCGGCAUCUCGGGUGGCGGCGCCGCUUUCCGGGAGGCCGUAAGCUCCCCUGCCAUCAAGUGUCCUGACAAGACAUCCUUCGAGAAGUGGACGUUUGCCUUCCGAAACUUGGGCCUGUUGCCGCAGUAUGGGGCAGUCACAUCUGCACCUUCUGCGCCCAACUCACCGCAGGAGGCUCCCAUGUCGCCCAUGUCGCCGGCGCGAGGUGCCAGAGUUGUGAUGUCCACGGAGCACCACGCAGCUUUGGCACAGAAGGAUGACGCGCUGACCGAAACGAGGCUGAACAGCCUUUUGGGGGCUGUGGAGGGCAAUCUGCAGGGUGAGCAGCGACUGGAGAAGCGGCUCAUGGCCCGAGCCUGCGCCGUGGUCAUCCGAAUACACUUGCCUAAAGAGGACCGGCAGGAGAACUUGCUGCUACUCUGCUACUUGAGGGCCUACUAUGUUGUGGCAGCAUGGCAAGAUGGAAUCCAUUGGGUGAACAAUCAUGGAAGCUGCAUCUACCUCUACUGCGACACGGCCAUUCUCGGCCUACGCAUCGCCCUCCGAAUGCAGAGACUUGCCUUCGAGUUUCCCGAAUGGGUCGAAGAUGGCUACAAUAAGGACUGCCAGGGCUGCAGUACCCUUUGUGCCGUCUCUGUUGGGAUGGAGAUGGGCAACCUGCUCCCGUUGCGGGGCGACUUCUUUGGAGAGGCCGUCGAUGCCGCCAUCCAGACGCUCUGCUGUGCUUGGCUUCUCUUAGGGUUUAGGGUUUAG